AUGCAAUACGCCGCCAGCGCAAAUGGCGAUUCUCAGACUCCGUUUGGCUCGCUUUUAUUGGCAGUCUUCAACUCCAUCCUAGAGGUCGUGUUGAUAUGUUCGGCUGGAUAUAUUCUCGCCUCUAAGGGUAUCCUUGACAAAAAGACACAGAAGCAAAUCAACAAGCUCAAUGUGUCGUUGUUCACACCAGCUCUGCUAUUCUCAAAAGUGGCGUUGUACCUAACCCCAGAGAAACUCAAGCAGCUAUAUGUGAUUCCCAUUUGGUUUAUCAUUGUCACCGCAACCUCCAUGGCAGUUGGUUCACUCCUGGGAUGGAUAUUCAGGCUCAGGUCUUCGCAAAGGCACGUUUUCUUCGCCACAUUCUGCCCUGGACCCACGAGCUUCGUCAUGGCCGCCGCAAUGUUCAUGAAUUCGAACGCACUCCCCAUCGCCCUAAUGCAAAGCCUCGUUGUGGCCGUCCCAGACCUCAAAUGGGGAGCCGAUGACGACAAGAACAUUAUGCUUGGCCGGGCGCUUACCUAUUUGACCAUGUACUCCACUCUUGGAAUGGUCGUCCGGUACAGUUAUGGUGUUCGCUUGUUGGCUCGCGCCGACACCAUUGCUGCCCAGAACGCUACGGUGGACGAGCGUACUCCCUUGCUUGUGCAAGACGUGGAACGCGCGUUUGGCACGCGGCCCUCGACUUCGAAUUCCACGGUGGUCAGCGAGGGAGGAAAUGAAGUCCUCGUGGCCUCGCCCAAAUCUUACGGUAUCGUACACUCCCCGGAGGUCAUCCCCUCCAGCGACUCUUCCGUUCGCCCUAUCGCUCCCCGUCGAAGGACCACUUUCUAUCGCUCAUUCCCCAACUCGCCUAACGAUUCCUGCGAAGAGCUCGGAUGUGACUACGACUCGGUCGAUUCGCCGGACACUUCGGACGACGAUGGUGACGAGACACAACCCCUUUCGUUUGUCGCCAAUGGAAACCAAGCUCGCCGUCGUAAGCGCCAUCGUCACUCGUUCCGACAUCGGUUCAAGCGCCGUGUUCGCCACUACUGGAGAGCAAUUAAUGACUUCAUGACUGUUCCUCUCUGGGCCGCCCUCGUCUCCUUGCUCGUCGCGUGUAUCCAACCUUUGCAGUACGCCUUGACCCACAACCUCCACCCUAUCAACGACGCUAUCAACACUGCCGGAAAAUGUUCCGUCCCUCUCACCUUGGUCGUCUUGGGUGCAUAUUUCUAUCCCGAACCCACACCCGACUCGGGCCCUAAUGACGGAUUUUCCUUGGAUGGACCAAAGGAGAAGAAAACGACGUGGCAAAAGAUCAAGGCCUUGUUCGAUUGGAAGAGUUAUCAGAGGGACGAGACUCCCGAAGAGCUUAGGGCUAAUAAGGAGCAGUCGAAACCUGGAGAGACGAAAACUGUUAUCUUGGCCGUUGCUGCUAGGAUGAUUAUCACGCCUAUCGUGAUCAUGCCUUUGGUUGUGCUCGCGACAAAAUACGACUUCCACAAGGUCUUCGAGGAUCCUGUCUUCGUCGUUUGCAACAUUAUCCUUCUCGCUUCUCCUCCUGCUCUCACGCUGGCUCAGAUCACACAAGCCGUGUCAGGCGACGCCUUCGAACGUCUCAUCAGUCGCACCAUCUUCUGGUCCUACUGUAUAUGCACGCCACCCGUCACCAUCAUCUACGUCGUUCUUGGACUCUUCCUUGCAAAGCUUUGA